CUGUUGACAGGCAAAUACCGCGAUACCCAGACCUCGAUAACCGACAGCUCCGCAGUUUACAGAGUCAACAAUGACAAGAGCGCUAAUGUGACCUUAAUCGACCUUCCAGGCCAUGAGAGUUUGCGCCUUCAGUUCUUAGAGAGGUUCAAGGCCGCAGCCAGAGCCAUUGUGUUUGUGGUGGACAGUGUGGCCUUCCAGCGGGAGGUGAAGGAUGUGGCAGAGUUCCUGUACCAGGUUCUGGUUGAUAGCACCGUGCUCAAAAAUGCACCUGCGCUGCUGAUUGCUUGCAAUAAGCAAGAUGUCACAAUGGCAAAAUCAGCAAAACUUAUUCAACAGCAGCUGGAGAAAGAGCUCAACACCUUACGAGUGACCCGCUCUGCAGCCCCCACCAGUCUGGAUGGAUCAGCCACUGGGGGCCCUGCCCAGCUGGGGAAGAAGGGCAAGGACUUUGACUUCUCUCAGCUACCCAUGAAGGUGGAAUUUGUGGAGUGCAGUGCUCGGGGCAGCAAGGGAGAGGAGGGAGAUGCUGACUUCGAGGGCCUCAAGAAAUGGCUGGCCAAGAUUGCCUGA